AUGGAAAAUAACAGUAUCACUCGAGACCGUGUUGUUGGCAAUGAUCGAACUUUUAAGGAAUUUUCUUGUCAAAUAUGCCAGAAUUUAUUAUGGGAACCCCAUUCAUGUUCAUCAUGUCAUCGAAUACUUUGCGAAAAAUGUAUGCAAAAAUGGUUCAAUAAUCCAUUGAAUAGAAACACAUGUCCAUUUUGUUCUAAACCAUCUGAAUAUAAACCAUGUGCAUUUCUUAAUCAAUACAUUUUGCCAUAUUUACGCAUUCGUUGUCGAAAUGAAAACUUAGGUUGCAAACAAAUCUUACCUUAUAAACAAUUAGAACAUCAUGAAACUGCUGAUUGUCAAUACUUAAGUGAGCAAUGUAUGAAAUGUAAUCAAUUAAUUCUACGUUCAAAACUUGUUGAACAUCAACAAAGGUUAGAACAAUGCAUAUCUUGUCCAAUUAAAUGUACAAUUUGCAAAAACUCUUUUGAAGACAUCGAUUUUCAAGCACAUUUCACUGAAUGUUAUCAACAAAAAAUUGAUCAGUUAAAUACAAAUAUAGAUUUUGAUAGAAAUAUGGAAAGACAUAUUCGAGAUAACGAACGAAUUACACCUAAUAGUUCAUUGGUAUAUUAUGAAAAGUUAUAUGAUAAUCUUGAACUAGUUUUUGAAAAUUUAUCACCAAGUUGUCUAAAUUUCUUGCAAUGGAUCAACUUAGCUCAACAAGCAGGAGAAAGAAAUUGUGAUUAUUUUUGUUAUUUAUUAAUGAUGCUAAAAUUCAUUUUGUCAAACUGGGUCAAAAUUCCGUGCGUCAUCUUUGCGAACAUAUGCUUUGGUGUGUCAAUAAUUUCAGUGAUGAUUGUCGAUAUAUAUAUUGGUUUUUCUAAAUUGAUUAGAACAUAUAAAUUUUCAGAAACAAUUUGUGUCGGAUUAAUAAUUUUCAUUUUAACAUAUGGAAAGUUCAUGAUCAUUCAAUCAUUUUCUGAUCAAACGAUUAUGUUUUGUUUUACAAUAUUUACUUUUCUUCUUGGUUCUUUAUUUAAAAUGCCAUUAGAGAUUUUCGAAAUACAUCUUACAUCAAUCUACGUAGCAACAGGCACGAGUUCCCUUUGUUUUUUUCUAUUUAUAAUGAAAUUAAUCUUAUUAUUAAUUCGUUUAUAUUAUUCGUUUAUACCAACAUAUUUUGCUAUUGGUAUAAUUGUUUUUAUUAAUUAUCACCUGGCAUGUUCAAUUGCUUCGCCUGAUGUUUAGUAGAUAUGAACGAAUCAACUACUAACAUCAACCAAGAAAAUUCAAAAGUGAAUAAAACUGAGCGUUUUCUUUUCUUUUAUUUAUAUUAUAGAAAUUCAGAAAAAUUAAUCUUGAAAUAAAAAUAUUUAAAUAAAACGUAUGAUGUACUUCAACAAAGGGUGCGGGUGUGGAUAUGAGGGAGGGUUUGGGUGGUACUCUUCAUUCAAACUCACACUUAAACCCACACCCACAUCCACCCUCAAGAGAAGGCACUGGCGAUAUUUAUCUCAAUAGUGCUGAAUUAUAUUAAUGGAUAUUGACAGAACUAUUUUUUCUUUUAAACUGAAAUAUCAAAUUUUAUUUUCUAAUCAACUUAUUUCAUCAUGAAUACUUCAAGAAAUUAUUAUUAAUAAAAUAAAAUACUACUUAAAGUACAUUUUCUAAUAGUUUUUAUACAUUUGUUGGUUUCUUAUCAUAAUUAUUAAAUUAUGUUAAAGAAUUAAAAUAAAGUAUUCAUCGAUUUGUGUAUAAUCUUGGUAUACGAUUUUGAAUUAUUUAUUAUUUUUAUUUUAUCAAAAAAUCAAUAAAAACAAAUCAUUCAAUUAAAUUUAUAUUAUAAAUGCAACUUAAUUAUAGGUGAAUUCCAAUAUUCGAGUUGAUAAGAAGUUCUUCUCAUAUACAAAAUCUCAAAUAAAUAGAGACAUUUUCGAAACUCGAACUUGAGAUUAGAUUUUACCAUAUACCUAUUCUUGAGGGUGUGGGUAUGGAUGGAUGUUUAUUAAUUAAUUAUCUACACUGAUACGCACACCGUGUUUACUGAUUCCAAAGAAAUAAAUAGAUUAUACAACAGCUAUUCUCAUUUGUUAAUUUAGCAUCAAAGCCAUAUUUUAAUCAAGACUUUUAUCUGUACUGAUGAACUAAAACUUUGUUUGAUCAUUUUUCGUUGGUAAUGUAUUUUGUUACAAAACUGAAAUCAUAAUAAAUAAAAAAGAAAAGAUUAUAGAUGUACAAACACAUUUGAUACACUCAGUCGUUUUCAAGACAGUUCUCUUAUGUUACACACCUAUUCGAUAGGAAGUGCAUUUGUUUCUUUAGUCUUAUAUAGACUUUAGUAAUUUAAAUGAAUAUCAAAUCACCAUAUAGAUAUUUAUUAGAAAUCAGAGAGCAGCAAUACCACAGUAUGUAGCUAGAACAAAGACAUGAUCAGAAAUUUGAGCGACUGAUAAAUCUGCGUUAGAUAAAUAUAUAUAUAGUUAAGAAAUGAAAAUUGAUCGAUAUCUAUCAAUAAAAAAACAUAUUGGCAUGACACAUAAUUAAAUCCUUGUGUUACUUGUGCUAGUUUUUCAACAUUAAUACAGUAAUAUGAAAUCGGAUUUUCUGGUGGAACUUCAGUGUUGCCAACUCUUCCGAUUUUUCCAGAAAAAUUCCGGAUUUUAGAUUAUUUUUAUUGAACUAAAUUAUAUUUAUCUGUUAAUACUCAAAAAGAAAUUUUUAUUUGACAACGGCUCAGUGACUUAUACUUCUUAUAUAUUUAGUUUAUUAUAUUCUGAAUUUUGAUGUUGAUUUUCUCUUGAUAUAUUGAAACAUGUGUUUUUUGAAAUAAUAAGUGGUAUAAUUGAGAACAAGAUUUAGAGAAACUGAAUUUAGGCGACAGAAAUUAACUGUUAAGAACCUUUCCGGGUUUAACAAAAAAAGUUUCCGGAAUUUUCCGGAUUUUAACAUUAGAUUUCUGGUUUUCUGACUAUGACAGUUGGCAGCACUGACCUACACCCACAAGAUAGAAAUAUAUUCUUAAAUCCUCCUCGAUAAAAAAAGAUCGCAAGACAAAUUAUUGAAAAACAUGUGAAAUCUAGAGAUUGUGUUACGUAUGUAGUGGAGUGACUGCAAUAAACUAUUCAGUAUUGUAUUAUGAUGUUGGAGGAAGAUAGAUAGCUACCAAAAAUGGAUUAAUAAGACUUGAUCUCAUUUGCAACAAUACUCUGUCGACCUUCAUUCUAUAUGUUUACAAGAUCAUGUUACAAUGCAGUGCGUACGGAAGCGUUUUUGUUUUAAUUUUCGUUUUUCCAACGAAGACAACACAUAAAAAGUUCAAUCACUUUACAAAUCUUCUAAAAACGACAUUCUAAUUAUUUUCUUAAAUACAGAAAAAGGAAAACUAAGUGGAUAGAUCGUUACUUAUACGGUAGACGACUGUUGAGGUGAUUGACUAUUGAUUAUUUGCUAUCUUCAAUUCAUUAAUAUCAAUAUUUAGUAGUGAACUCAAAUACUUUUUAUGUUAUUUAUUCAAUAUCUUGUUACAUCAAUAAACCUUAUUGACAUUGAUUAUUCAUUCAUUUGUAUUACGUUUUAAUCCCACCUUCAACAUUACCGACUCUGCUAAAAAAAAGUAUAUGAUUAUUGCUAC